AUGAGGUCACCACGUCGCUCUGACUCUCGCUCACCACGUCAGUCAGAACGUGCUAGUUCGGCUCGUCUCUCUCGUUCCCGAUCACCAAGCCGGAGGUCCAGGACAUCACAAAAGGACAUGCCUAAAUCAUCCGUUCCAGAUUUUCCAAAGUCACCUCAACCUGACCGAUCAAAAGUAUCUCCACGGCAUGGUCGGAAUUCUACCCCUGAACCAGAGGAGGAGCUGGACUAUGAUGAGAGAUCGCCGUCACCGCUUGAUUUGAGAUACGCUUCUAGGAAAGUGGUGUCGAAGAUGCCGUCUACCAGUGACUGGUCAGAAUGCACUGAGAAGGAUGCUGAGACGAAGGCUGACAACCCCCGCCAGGGCAUUCAGACAAUCUUACACGAGAUGAGAACCAGCAGAUCAGAAGAGGUGACCUGA